UCUGGCGGCGCGAGACCGCGAGCUCAGCGACACCGAGCGGCUGCUGCAGGACGAGCAGCGCACCUACGGCCGUAACGAGGCCGAGCUAUCGGAGGAGCUGCGAGGCGUGGCGAUUGAAGCGACCGACACGGAAGAACAAGUCAAGUUCUAUAAGAAUUAUCCAGUCGUUCAAAACCUUGAGAAACGGGAGCAGAUUAAAGUUCUGAAAUCCGAAAUUCGCCAUGUGGAUGAACUCCACGAUGCAUUCGAAGCCCAGCUGGACGGCAACUUCCGCUACAUGCAAGGCUUCCUGACCGGUCACCACUCGCAUCACCUGGAGCAAGCCAAGCAGUCGGCGGCUCACUGGGCGCUGCAGACCAUCUCGCUGAGCGACCACAGCGACCUGUCGGCGCAGGAGACGCUCUGCUUGGAGAGCGUGCUGACCAGCGUGCAGGGAGACGGGCUCCGCGACCAGCUCGACUGGAUCGACGGGGACAACGCGGUGCUACAGAGAGAGCUGGUGCCACUGCGGCGGCCCGAGCCGGAGCCUGAGGUGGAGCCGGAGCGGGAGCCGGAGCCGGGGUCGGAGCCGGAGCCGGAGCCUGCGAUCAGCGCGACCGCCUCUGACGCCAGCGACGGCAGCUGCCUGCCGCUCCGUCUCCACUUGGAGAGCAUCAUCGACCUGCUGGCGACGUCACGGCCGAGCGACGGGCAGCGCGCGCUCCUCGAUCAGCUGCGCGACGAGACGCUGGCACAGCUAUGGCCCGACGAGGACGAAGAGCGGGCGGCGACGGCCGACCGAGCCCGCCAGACGCUGCGGCCGUUCGAGCGGUUCGCAGCGCGCCGCCACUGGUGGCGCGUGCACCAACCGGAGCCGAAGCCGCUGAUCAACGAGAGUCCGUCUGUCUCGUCGGCGCAUAUCUCGGACGAGUGGGAGCUUUCGAAGGCCGACUGGCUGGACCACCUGCGCCGGCGCUCGGCGCUCACCGUCACGCCCGUCGACUCGGCCGAGGCAGUCGGCUCGCGACCGGACAGCGACGCCGCGCUGGUCGAGGUCGCCUCGGACAGCGCGGCCACAACCACCGUAUAG